AACGGAGGAAUCUUGAUCCUUGCGGGCUGCCAUCCCGGAAGUAGACAUGAAGAGGAAGAAAGUCGUGGGGUUGCUUAGUUUUCUGCCCGAAGCUGGGUGCGGAUUCGUAGAACUUUUUGAGGUAGGUCUUGAGCGGGAGGAGGGGCCGGGAGGCUUUGAGUCACCUCGCCUUGGUCGAGCUAGCUUCUCUGGGUGUGGCGCGGGAUGAAGGGCGAAGCUUUUAGUGCCGAGUCGGGGGAGAAAGCUGCUCUGCUCGGUGGCGUCCUGAGUUCUGCGAUGAUCUGAUGCUUGGGUGACUUCACCAUGGCCCAGCGAGCUGUGUGGCUCGUACGCCACGAACCCGGAACUCCAGUGUGCGGCACCGUCCGAUUCUCCAGACGAUUUCCUACUGUUGAAAAGCGAGCCAAAGUCUUCAAUGGAGCAAGUUAUGUACCUAUUCCUGAAGAUGGUCCCUUUCUUAAAGCACUGCUGUUUGAACUUAGAUUAUUGGAUAAUGAUAAGGUCUUUGUGGAAAGUCGUGAUAGCUGUUCACGAAUCAAUAAAACAUCCGUCUAUGGGCUUUCUGUGGGAGGUGAAGAACUCUGGCCCGUUGUGGCUUUUCUGAAGAAUGGCAUGAUAUAUGCUUGUGUUCCAUUGGUUGAACAAACUCUGUCCCCUCGUCCAGCAUUGAUCAGCAUUAGUGGAAUUUCACAAGGCUUGGAAUUUCUUUUUGGGAUGCAAGAUUUUCUUUACUCGAGCCAAAAGAAUGACACAGAGCUGAAUACAAAAUUGAGUCAGUUGCCUGAUCUGCUUCUGCAGGCUUGUCCAUUUGGUACUUUAUUGGAUGCUAACUUACAGAAUUCAUUGGAUAAUAUUGGUUUUGCUUCUGUGACUCAGCCACAAAAACAACCAGCCUGGAAAGCUGGAACAUACAAAGGAAAACCACAGAUUUCUAUCUCUAUCACUGAAAAGGUAAAGUCCAUGCAAUAUGAUAAACAGGACAUAGCAGAUACAUGGCAAGUGGUUGGAACAGUCACGUGCAAGUGUGAUUUGGAAGGAAUCAUGCCAAAUGUUACCAUCAGCUUGAAUCUCCCCACCAAUGGAUCUCCACUUCAAGAUAUUCUAGUUCACCCUUGUGUGACUUCUCUUGACUCUGCCAUUCUGACUUCUAGUAGCCUUGAUACAAUGGAUGAUUCUGCAUUUAGUGGGCCUUAUAAAUUUCCAUUCACUCCUCCUUUAGAGUCGUUCAGCUUAUGCUACUAUACCUCCCAGGUCCCUGUCCCACCAAUUUUGGGUUUUUAUCAAAUGAAAGAGGAAGAAGUACAGCUCAAAAUAUUGGUUAAUUUAAAACUUCAUGAAAGUGUGAAAAAUAAUUUUGAAUUCUGUGAAGCUCAUAUACCUUUUUUCAAUAGAGGUCCAAUCACCCAUUUGGAAUGCAAAGUUAGUUUUGGCCAACUUGAGGUAUUUCGAGAGAAAAGCUUAUUGGUCUGGAUUAUUGGCCAAAAGUUCCCUAAAUCAAUGGAAAUUAGUCUUUCUGGCACUGUCACUUUCGGAGUGAAGGGCCAUAACAAGCAGCCGUUCGAUCAGAUUUGUAUUGGAAGCACAGCCUAUGUAAAGCUUCAUUUUAGGAUCCUGGAUUAUACACUCACUGGAUGUUAUGCUGAUCAGCAUUCAGUUCAAGUUUUUGCAUCAGGAAAACCAAAAAUAAGUACAAACCGGAAACUAAUUUCUUCUGAUUAUUACAUCUGGAAUUCUAAAGCCCCUGCACCAGUAACAUAUAUAUCAUUGUUACCAUAAUUUCCUCUUGUUUAAGUGGGUUAUGUGAAAUGGUAACGUUCCUUAAUUAGAAUCAUAGUCUGUUAUUUCAUAUAGCCUGUAACUGAAAAAUCAUUGAGUGAUUUAACUAAAAGUACUCAUAAUUGUUGUAUUUUGUUUGAUAUUGUUUGAAAGCACAGUUUAAAGGCAAGUCUCUGCAAUUUUGUGUUAUCCUUUGAUUGUAUGUAAGUAUGAUUCAGAACACAGAAAAGUAGUCACUUUGCCACACAGGCUCCUUCCCCCACCCCCUUGGCAAACAUUGCUAACCAGCCAUGUCCCUCUUUCUACACGGCGCCUCCAUGGCUAAGAACUCAGGCCACAAGUGCAGAGCUUCGGGCAGCUGUACCAGUGGAUUGCUGUGAGCCUAGGUAACUGUUGGCUUGUCUAAACUGGAGUGCGAUGCUUCCAGUACAACAUGCUGCUGCAGCAUACCAGAGACCCGGUGAGACAUAACUUGAAACCAUCCAGUGCCGGCAAAGGAAAGCAUUUUAAGUAAUGACCUCUUCUUAAUCAGAUCCGUCCUACUGAUGAAUAAAUUUGCAUAAUUCUGUUUGAAGUUUUGAUGUAUGUUCUAGAGCUACAUUGAAUAUAAUAAUCUACCAAAGUA